AUGAAGCGAGCAGGCCUGUUGUGCAGGCCAUUUUCAGCCAAAAAUGCGCUAAGAUCGACAGCAUUCGCAUCUCCACGAUGGAAUCUCAGUGGGUCUCCACAGUCUGGAGGGCUGCUCACCUCUUCUUCUUCUUUUUCUGCACCACCCCUCCCUGCAAAUAUUUUUUCAUCUUCUCUUCUUCCCGGAACUGCGCCCCAUCGUUCUACUUGUUUCAGCCGAUUCGCCUCCACGCUGCGUACCUACUCCUUGCCAGCCUAUCGACGCCUCCUCUCCUCCGCCACUUCCACCACCGCCGCCACAAGGCUUGGGCACGGUCGCACCACUUCUGCACGUCUCGUCGCGGCAACUACGCGGCGCUACGUGACCCUGAAUGAGCUGCAGCGAGGCGGAAAGCUGCACCUGGUCUACACCGGCCCGAACCCAGCCACCAUUCGCACGCCGGCCUUCAUCUCCAGCUUCAUCUUCAUCUUCAGCUUUGCUUCGCGAGUCUUCCUGCGAGACGUGCUCCUGCUGUGCACGGCCCUCAUCAUCGCUCCGUUUUGCUCUCACCUCGUCUCUUAUGCGUCGGGCAUGGACAAGGCCUCCUUCGAGCGUGUCAUGCUCUGGUGGCUCAAGUACCGGGAGAAGGGCCCUACGCCGCCCCACACCGGCUACACGAUUGUCGACGGCCAGGAGCUGCAGAAGGUCCUCGAAACCAAGCUGGGCAGGCCCUACACCAUGGAGAUUCUGGAAUCGCGAUUGGACGACAAAAUCAACGCGCUGGCAGACAACAUGGAUGGCGUGGAGCUGUUGAUCAUCAGUGGCAAGAAGACGUUCGGGGGCUGGAGCGUGCCCUACCUGACCGUAGGCAUCCACGCCCGGAUUCGGUGGACAGAAACGGUCAAGAUCGUUGAAAAACGCGACCUGAGCACGCAAUUACUGAAGUCGAAGCGUGUGCUGAUCGAGAAGGUGGAGCUCGCGUUCGCCGACAACUCUUCCUUCGGGCGGCAGAAGCGAUUUACUGCGGCCAAGCUCAACAAGGAUUGA